AUGUAUAUGAUACUAUCUGCAGAAACUGUGACUCCAGCAGCUCCACAAUUUCACUGUGAAGUUUGCUUCAGCACUGAGUUGUGCUGCCAUGAUUGCGUUGUUGCAACUCAUACUAAAAACCCAUCACAUUGGAUCCAGGAGUGGAUGGGCUCUUACUUCGUGACCGUCUCGCUGAAGAAACUAGGGUUGCGUGUGCAGCUCGGACAUCCAGCAGGUGAACGAUGCCUGUUGCCUGAAAGGGCAUUCAACAACGACUUCACUCUCAUCGAUACCAAUGGGAUUCAUGAGAUCGGCCUUGAUUUCUGUGGCUGUGAGACCGCUCAGACACACACAAGGCAGUUGCUUCGUACAACUUGGUUCCUGGCAACAAUGACUGAUCCAUGCACUGGUGCCACUUUCCGAAUCCUCGAACAAUAUCACAUCCUAUCAUUUGAAUCCAAAUGUUCAGGCUAUGAGUUUUAUCACACUGAUCAUUACGAAGCCUUCAUGCAGAUGGUGCGCGAAUGGCGACAUCUAAAAAUGCUCAAGCGGGCUGGCCGGGGAUAUGACCCUGCUGGUGUGGAGGGUACUGUAAGUGGCGAGUGUGCUGUGAUAUGCCCAGCUUGUCCACAACCAGGUAAAAAUCUAUCUGAUAAUUGGCCUGAUGCGCCGAAAGGAAAAUGUUGGUUGUAUGCUCUCUUUCUAGCGAUUUAUGCCAAUUUCCACCUGAAAAGGCGCAUAGUGUCUAAAGAUAGUGCGGACCCUGGCCUCAGUUGCAGAUGGGCUUAUUUUGUCGAGGAGACUGCUUACAAGACAUAUCUACAGUCCUACAGCGGCAGCCUGCAGCAGAAAAGUACAUGUUCAUCCCAUAAUGCAGUGAACAUGGCAGACAUGAAAGUAUCUCAUGGUCUAGCUGCCACAGGAGUCGGGACCGUUGAUUGUGCUCGACACAACAUGAAGCUGCCAAAUGGCGUUGGCAAUCUACAAAAAGGCAAAAGAUACACAAAUAUGGAUUUUUUGUUCUUCUCGAGCCUCUGUGGACGCAGUGUUGACACACUCAAUGUCUCGUACAACAUCGUUUGCCAGUGGCACAAGAACUUAUGGCAGAGGAUGUCUACAAUGCCGCUUGACCUCCAUCUAGAUCAUCUGGCGACAUUCGUCAGAUUUUUCAUCCCAAAGUUUCACCUCCCUGCUCACAUUCUGACAUGUCAGACCAAGUUUUCUUUUAAUUUUUCGAAGAAUGUUGGAUGCACUGAUGGCGAAGCACCUGAGCGGGGAUGGUCAAAUAUCAAUCCUGUGGCCUCUAGUACCAAAGAAAUGGGGCCCGGCUCCCGGAGAGACACACUUGACGACCAUUUUGGUGACUGGAACUGGAAGAAGGUCAUAGGACUUGGUGCAACACUCCUUCGUAAAAUGAUUGAGGCCCAGGAGGAACGAGGGGCACAUCAAACGGCAUUUCAAGAACUCAAUGAGGCUCUGGCGCCAGAGAUGACAGAGGCCUGGAAGGUCAAAAUUGAAUCCUGGGAGGAGAACCCAAAUGAUUCAUUGGUCACAAAUCCAUUUGAAGCGAAAGUCAUUCCUGUUACACAAGCUGCUGUCCAGCUCAAACUUGCCCAACUUGAGGCGUCUGAGCUCCAUCAAGGCACUGAUGUUUCAAUGCACACCAAAGUCUCUCCGAGUAUAUUUAUUGCAUCAGGGAUUGACCUAGAGAACAAACAGCAUUGUCUCAAAGUAGAUAUCUCAAAGCAGGGUCUGCAUGCCACAGAUAUGCAAAUGGGCACAGUCCAACAACUGCAGAAUGCAGUACAACACAAAAUUAAUACUUGGAAGUGCAUCCAAGCUCUCUACACCCCUAUAGUACAGCUCUUAGAAUCCAGGAUCAAGUCGCCUUCCCACAGUACCUCAGACAUAAUCAAUCCUGAGGAUUCUCAGCUCUGGCUCCCAUCUGCUCUGUGCAGCAAACCUAUACCUUGCGAUAUGUGGCUCCUCACAACCGAACAGAGUCUUCGCCUGCGGGACCACAUGUAUACCUUCAAGAGGGACUGGCUAUGUGGCCAAAGCGCAAAUACUCAUGCCCAGAACGCCCUCAGCUGUGUUGAAGCCAGGGCAACAGCUGCAGCAGAGAAGUAUCGUGCAGCCCGCACGGCUCUCUCAUCUCUUGCACACAUACUCAGAAAGGUUGGCUGGGAUCACAGAUACAAGGUUCUUGAGAGGAAGGACAAUAUACGUGGGAUACAGUUAUCGUGGAUCUGGCUGGUUGAAGGAGUCGGGGAUGAUGAAGAUGAAGCGGUACAAGAUAGUAAGCUGGAGCAUGAGUUAGUGGAAUGGUGCAAAGCUCAUGCAAGGGCCAUGCGAUGGGCAGAAGAAGUUGAGCUGCUCCAGGAGGAGAUGCGCUGGGUGACCUGCUUUCUUAGGUGGCACGCAUCAUGGUGGAACCAGAAAAUUGCGGAACACAUGCUUGGCAUCUCUGCCGAUGAUGAAGGUCUAGGUGCCUAUGCCUAUCGUCAGGCUUGGCUUAGAGAAGGAUCUUGCCGACUGUUUCAAGAACAAGUGGGCGGUGCAUCUCCCACUGACUGCAGCCUGUAA